UUAAUGUAACGGCGGCCAACGGAGCACAAACUCAAAGCACUAAUCACUUAAUCACUCAAUCAAGAUACUUUGCCUUCAAAAUCUUAUCGCUUAAUUAUUAUCCGAUAUAGAAACUACGAUAUCCGGAUAAUAUAUACGCACAAUUUUAUGCGACAGCAAUUAUGAUUUCGUGUGCAGUGGCGGCGAUCAUCCCAAUGGCUAAGCCCUCGUUUAUCAGAGCAGAGCAACCGCUCGCUUCGGAUCUCACCGCCGACUUUACGGGCGGUGGCGCCACCUCUCGCCGCCGAGACCUCGUCUUCGUCGUCAAUCCUCGAGGAGCUAAUGGAAGGACUGGCAAGGAGUGGAAGAAACUAUUGCCUUUCCUGAGGUCUCGCCUUCGUUCUGAUUGCAAUAUAUGCGAAUCUCUGACUUCUGGUCCGUGCCAUGCCAUUGAUAUUACAAGGGAGGCCAUACGUGAGGGUGCUGAUGCAGUGAUUGCGGUAGGAGGUGACGGAACCCUUCAUGAGGUCGUUAAUGGCUUCUUCUGGGGUGGGAAACCAGUUUCUGAUCACGACCAAUCUGGCCAUACAACUGCUCUUGGUCUUAUUCCCUUGGGAACUGGAUCUGACUUUGCUAGAACAUUUGGCUGGAAAAAUGACCCUUAUGAAGCCAUUGAACGCAUUUCGAGAGGGAUAAGAUCUCGCAUUGAUGUUGGCGUUAUUACUGGAGAGAGUGCAGAGUCGCACUAUUUCAUAAAUGUUGCUGAUGUUCAUUUGAGCGCUAAGGCCGGUUAUUAUGCAUCAAGAUACAAGAAGUUUGGUAAUUUGUGUUAUGUUAUAGGUGCUUUGCAAGCAUUUUUUGGCCAUCACAACCAGGAUCUUAGAAUAAAGGUUGACGAUGGUGACUGGGAAGUUUAUUCCCAGGUAACAGCUCUUUGCGUUGGGAAUGCCAAAUAUUUUGGUGGUGGAAUGAAGAUUACACCAAACGCACAUCCGUCUAGCAGGAAUUUUGAGGUGGUUGCUCUUCAGGACUUCAAAUGGUAUGAUUUCAUCCUCAAGCUGCACAAGCUAUACAAUGGAACUCACUUGUCUGUGAAAAAUGUAUCUUCUAGAAGUGCAUGGACAAUUGAAGUCGAGGAGAUUGGUGGCAGUCGCAGUAUAUUUGUCCAGUCGGAUGGGGAAUAUUUGGGAUUCCUUCCAAGAAAGUUCAGCAUUUUGCCUAGUGUAAUAGAAAUGAUAUCCUAGCACCUUCCUCAAAUACGAGUAAGUUAUAUGCUUAAGAAAAAGCUGCUCCCAAGUGUCAUUAAGUUCCAGUUUUGUCGAGCGCGGCCACACACUCACUAUGAAAAAGAAGAGUCCAGCAUGUCCCACCUGAAAAGAACGGGGUUUCCAGUAUAUUCGUGCUAAUAAGGACGUAAACUAGGGUUAAGGAUAGCAUUUUUUGGGAGGAUGCAUGUUUUAUUGGUUUUUUCCCCAACAGCCAUCCAGCUUUUGUUAUCGCCUUAGUUUCUUAAGCAUAUUUUUAGAUUUAUCCUAAAAGAAUGUGAAUCUUAUUUGGAAAAACAACGAACUUUCGAAUGUUCUGUACGUUUAAAAAGUUGUUUGGGAGCAAAGCAAUCUUGGUUUGUAGUACUAACAAACAAUUCUAGACUAGUAAAUAUCGGUUUGUUUUGUUUCGAA